AUGUCCUUCGCGAUUUCCUUCCAGUCCAAGAGAACGGGAGAGAACCUUGACCAGUAUAAUGAGAGAAUGGAGCAUGCCAGAGCGGUAGAAAAGAAGAUUCAACAAGGCGGAGGCAGAGUCCUCGCUGAGGGUUUUGAUGAACUCUUCGAAGCGUCGCCCAUCAACAGCGCAGAUUAUAGUCCCACUGCAUCACAGCCAGAUGAUGAGCUCAGGCUGACAUCUGGCGCAGCAUCUGGGGGGUUCACCGCGCUGAUUGCGGACGGCCACUCACGCAAGGUCAAGUACAUGCAGGCGCUUGCGCUCGGUUUGCCUUGUAUUGCAUCUCGCUGGAUUACAACCUGCUUUGACAGGCAAGAAAUCGUGGAUUGGAGCCCCUACCUUCUCUGCGCUGGUGUAUCCUCUUUCCUUGGAGAUGCCAUCCGAUCACGCAACCUUACCCCCUAUGAUGCCAAGUCAGCGAGACUAUGCGACGUCGUGGAUCGCAGGACGAUGCUCCUGGAAGGGAACAAGAUUCUACUCAUCAUGAAGAAAUCAGGGGAGAGCAAGAGGAUGGCAUAUGUCUUCCUUGCUCGUGUUCUGGGGGCUUGCCUGUCACGCGUCUAUUCUAUUGAUGAGGCAAAGGUGAAGCUGAAGGCUGCUGAAGAUGCCGGUCAGCCUUUCGAUUGGGUAUAUGUAGAUGAGAAGACAGCAGGCAAAGGCGAGCUAUUCCUCGCUAGAACUGCCGAAGGAAAGAAGCGGAAGAGGGGCGGCACCGGGACAUAUCAUGGGCCGCCGCCGAAAAAAGUGCGGACGUUGAGCGAUGAGCUUGUGGUUCAGAGCCUCAUCUUUGGGAGCAUUAUUGAGGAAGGCGAAAUGGAUGACUGA